AUGGCUAAAGACGUCAUCACAGACGUGAAAACGACUCCGAUACCAUCUAAUGGGUUCCCAGAUGAAGACGCACAAACAUCAAGAGAAAGUGUCAUCGAAAAUCAUGUACAAGCAAAUCAUUCAACUUCACGUAAUCUAGUAAGCGAAAAGCAAUUAAGACCGUCACACAAAGAAGUUUCAUCUUCACGGAAUCAAGACGACGAUGGUUUAAGAGCAUAUACGCGUGCGGCCAGCUGGUAUGUAUUACAAGGAUACGGACUUUAUCAGCUUAAUGACCAUGUCUGGCUACCUGGUAAACCUGACUUUUUGUCUAGAAUCAGUACUUUUUCUUGGAACAAAAUCAGACCGAGCAACCGUUGCCAUGUUCAACCAUGUCAAGAACUCUUUCGUCCGACAAUGAACUGGUUUCCGCAAAUGUGUCAGUGGAACAUGAAUCAGAUGGAAAUGCCGUAUGGCAACUCGUAUCCGAAUGCUUCCACGUCUUCGUAUGACAACAGACCUAGAACGUAUCACGAGCAUUUGCCAGAUGAACACCAACAUUCCAGUACUCACAAUCAGACGAGCAGCCACAAACGCAGAAGAAGGGACGAAGAGGAAGAACAGAGGGAGAAAAGAAACAGCCCUGUCCCCAAUGAAGUUAGCCAUUCACGCACUGCGAAUCCAGUAUACGAAGCUGUGUGUAAAGAACGGGCUGCUCAAAAUGAUGCUCCAUCUACAGAAACAACGCCUGUGAGCGAAACAGAUCAAGUUUUGGGCAAUAUUGAGCACGUUUCACUCUCUGCAAACACCAGAACGGUUGACGGAUGUAAUGACGAACAGACUUCAACAUCUGUUAUCGCACAAAGAUCACCGCCGAAAGCAAUUGAUGCAAAGACAAUAGCGACAUUCCCAAGUUCUGGUGCAACGCCCCUGACAGAACACUCUGAUGAGGAUGACUCAUUGUUCGACCUUAAUAAAGCUGUAGAGAAGUUGAAUCGUGACCGUCUAAAAGAGAAGAAAGGAAAAGAAGAAUCAAAAGAAUUGGUACGCUACUUGCAAACAAGGUGCAAGCAAAUGUAUAGAGAUUAUUUCAAUUCGAAGGAUGAAAAUGAAGGAUUGAAGAAGCAAGUUGAAAAUUUGGAGAAGGAUAAUGGGAAAUUGAGAGAGAAGAAAGAAAAAGAAGAAUUAGAAGAAUUGGUACGCUACUUGCAGACAAGGUGCAAGCAAAUGUAUAGAGAUUAUUUCAAUUCGAAGGAUGAAAAUGAAGGAUUGAAGAAGCAAGUUGAAAAUUUGGGGAAGGAUAAUGGGAAAUUGAGAGAGGAUCUCGAGAAAAUAAAACACCACAAUGAAGAACUGGAGCAGUGUGAUAAGGAUCUGAAGCAAGAAAUUGAAAGCAUGAAGCAGAGUAAUAGGGAAAUGAAGCAAGAAACUGAAAAAAUGAAGCAGAGUAAUAGGGAACUGAAGCAAGAAACUGAAAGAAUAAACCAGAGUAAUAGAGAUCUGAAGCAAGAAGCUCGAAGAAUGAAGAAGGUCAACGAUAAAUCGAAACAGAGAAACGAAGAGCCUCGAGUCACGUUACAGGACUGUAGAAGCCGGCUGAACGUGCAAGAAACAACAGUGAAAAUCAAAAAAGAGACUUGA